AAGAACCGAGUCAAGUGAUCCGACUCACUGAACAGAGCUCCAUCAGUAUCUGGCACAAUGGCGCUCUGAGCACGUAAACACCGUUCAAAAUCGGUGAAAUCAGCUUCUUCUCGCACAGUUACACACGUUUACCAGAUGUCCGUGGCGAAUGCGAGGCAGACGGUCUUUAAUCCGGUAGUUCCUUACACAGGAACCAUAGCAAGUGGGCUCCAUCCAGGAGAGAUGGUUGUUAUUCAAGGCUGUGUCCUCAAUGAAGCUGACAGGUUCCAGUUUGACCUGGGCUGUGGCAGCAGCACCAAACCUCGGGCAGACAUCGCCUUCCACUUCAACCCUCGCUUCAGGAACCCUCCCAGCAUCGUGUGCAACUCUCUGCAGCAGGGCAGCUGGGGCCGGGAGGAGAAACUCGAUCAGAUGCCCUUCAGACAAGGAGCAUCCUUUGAGACAAUCAUUCUGAUCCAUGAAGAUGUCUUCAAGGUUGCAGUAAACGGUGCCCAUAUACUGGAGUAUAAGCACAGAAUCCCUCUGGACAGGGUGGACACAUUCUGCAUAUCAGGAAAAGUCAAAAUACAUGCCAUUGGUUAUGUCCCCAACUCAGCAAUAUUUUCAGAAUCAGGUGAUUUGAGUAUACCCUACAAAGGCAGUAUACUUAAAGGGCUCAGAUCAGGACAGCACAUCACAAUAAAGGGGCAUAUCAGCUUAUUCCCUCACAGUUUUACCAUAAAUUUGAGGUGCAGCCAAUCAGAAAAUAUCGCCCUGCACCUUAACGCUCGGAUGAAAUCGAGCAUGUUCAUCCGCAACUCUUUCUUAAGCGAGUCGUGGGGCCCGGAGGAGCUUGAGCUGCCGUUCUUCCCUUUCUCUGCUGAAAAAUACUUUGAGAUAAUCAUCCUGUGCCAGGCCCAUCAGUUUAAAAUUGCUGUAAAUGGAGCCCAUCUGCUGGACUACAGGCACAGAGUGCAGGACCUGAGCACCAUUAACCAGCUGGAGGUCCUGGGGGAUCUGGAGUUACAGGACAUUAAGCUGUGGUGACUUCACAUCAUCAGCAACAGGACAUUGUGUUUUCUUUUCUGUUUCAGCCUCUUUCUCCCUCUUUCAGUUAGGAGUAUCCCUGCGAGGUCACCUGUAGUUCCUGUGCACUGACCUGGUGAGAACAAGAGAGGUUCUGAAACAUGGUAUACAGAGAUUAGCCUAAACUGGUAUCUGGUAUAGUUUCUUUUAGGAAAAGAAAGUGGUGACAAAUUAAGUUUUUUAGCGUAUAAUAAUGUGAUUAAAAUUUGACACAAAGCACUGCUACAUAUUUAAAUAUUAAAUAUUAUCUACAGUAUAAGUAGAUAGCCAGUGGCAACACCUAUAUGCCUUAUAUGCUACAACUUGAGGAACAAUUAGCAUUUUUUAUGCUUAAAAUUCAGUUAAAAUAUAUAAAUAUAAACCACCUCUAGCAAUUGCCAGCUGUUAAAGAAAAUUAUAAUACAGGCAUGUGUGCAUUUUUUAUUUAAAGUCCUAAAUUGGACAUUGCCACGUGUUUAACAUAAACAAUAUAAUAUAAUAAACUGCUAUAAUGAAUAUCCAAAACUGAUUGGACUACGGUGGACUGUAAUACAUAUAGUUUAAAGGCCAUCUUUAGACUCUUGGUGAAAAAGGAGGACUGGGGGCAAAUAAUGGACUGUUACAGAGUAAUUGUAUUCCUGUUAUAAAUGUACUUUAUAGAUAAAUGAAGAUAAAUAUAAAUAUUAAAGCAUGUAAUAAAUAAAUUGUUUUCAAUAAAUAUAUAUAUAUGGUGAAAAGUACUGUGUUACAUUUA